AUGUCCCCGCCUACGUUUUACGUCCCAGACCUCGCUUUUCCAACUCAGGCAGCCACAAGAGAUGCUCAGAGAUCACCAGCGUCGUCCUUUAGCUCAAAGGCGCCCCCGCCGGUCGAGCUCGGGCGAUUGAGCAUAUCUUCGACCACGGAACACUCCCGCCGCCAUAUAUUCGCGAUCACGACGAGGAAACAGCCGUACCAGGGUAUGAAGAUGGCCAAGAAGUUCAUACCAUGGCUCGCAAUCUGUUCCUCUACGGUUUUAACCUCUUUACUGAUCACUUCUGAUGCAGUGUUCCCGCCGUUUUGGCUCCUCGGUGCCCUGAUCCUGGUCAUCCCGCUCACUCCGCCUGAGUCCUGGGCCGACAAGUCGCAGGAGCAAGUUCAGAGCAUACUCGCUGCAAUGAGAGUUGCAGAGCGUCGCUGGGCAUGGCGCUGUGUCAUGGCCCUUGCCAGUCUCAUUCUAGUCAUUCUCAUCAUCGUUGGAUCCCUCCUACUCGCGCAUCACUUUGGACGACUAUAA